GCGCUAGGCGAACAUGGCGGCUGCGGUCGGGCGGGACACCCUACCUGAGCACUGGUCCUACGGCGUCUGUCGGGACGGCCGCGUCUUCUUCAUCAAUGACCAGCUCCGCUGCACGACCUGGCUGCACCCGCGGACCGGAGAACCGGUCAACUCGGGUCACAUGAUCCGCUCAGACUUGCCGCGCGGCUGGGAGGAGGGCUUCACGGAGGAGGGCGCCAGCUUCUUCAUCGACCACAACCAGCAGACUACAACAUUUAGGCAUCCUGUGACUGGACAGUUUUCUUCAGAAAACAGUGAAUACGUUCUGCGGGAGGAGCCACACCCACAUAUGUCGAAGCCAGAGAGAAACCAAAGACCGUCCAGCAUGGUCAGUGAGACAUCCACGGCUGGGACCACGUCCACCCUGGAGGCCAAGCCUGGACCCAAGAUCAUCAAGUCCAGCAGUAAAGUGCACAGCUUCGGGAAGAGGGACCAGGCCAUUCGGAGGAACCUUAAUGUUCCGGUGGUGGUGAGGGGCUGGCUCCACAAGCAGGACAGCUCCGGGAUGAGGCUGUGGAAAAGACGCUGGUUUGUGCUGGCCGAUUACUGCUUGUUUUAUUAUAAAGACAGCCGAGAGGAAGCUGUUCUCGGGAGUAUCCCUCUGCCCAGCUACGUCAUCUCCCCAGUGACCCCAGAGGAUCGAAUAAGCCGCAAGUAUUCCUUUAAGGCUGUGCAUACGGGGAUGAGGGCCCUCAUCUACAGCAUCACCACAGCGGGCUCUCAGGUGGAGCACUCAGGCAUGAGGACCUACUACUUCAGUGCCGACACCCUGGAGGACAUGAACGCCUGGGUCAGGGCCAUGAACCAGGCUGCACAGGUGCUGUCUCGCUCAUCACUGAAGAGGGACAUGGACAAGGUGGAGCGGCAGGCCGUGCCACAGGCCAACCACACUGACACCUGCCAAGAAUGUGGCCACGUGGGACCUGGGCACUCAAGAGACUGUGUUCAUCGAGGCCAUGAGGACUCCUGUGGAUUCAACAGGAGGGAGCAGGAGGAGGAGCGCUUCCGUGCUCAAAGGGACCCACUGGAGGGCAGGAGGGACAGGAGCAAGGCCAGGUCCCCAUACUUGCCAGCUGAGGAGGAUGCCUUGUUUGUCGAUCUACCUGGUGGGCCCCGAGGCCAGCAAGCACAGCCACAGCGAGCCGAGAAGAACGGGGUGCCACCUUAUGGCCUGGGAGAACAGAAUGGGACCAGUGGGUACCAGCGGACUGCUCCUCCCAGGGCCAACCCAGAGAAACACAGCCAGAGGAAGACCGGCCUGGCCCAGGCAGAGCACUGGACAAAGGCUCAGAAGGGGGACGGCAGGAGCUUGCCCUUAGACCAGACACUUCCUCGCCAGGGUCCCAGCCAGCCCCUGUCAUUCCCAGAAAACUACCAGACUCUUCCCAAGAGCACUAGACAUCUUUCUGGGAGCUCAUCACCCCCUCCCCGGAACCUACCCAGUGACUACAAGUACGCACAGGACCGAGCCAGCCACCUGAAGAUGUCCAGUGAAGAGCGCCGGGCACACAGAGACGGCACUGUGUGGCAGCUCUAUGAGUGGCAGCAGAGGCAGCAGUUCCGUCACGGCAGCCCCACCGCACCCAUAGGAGCUGGCUCUCCAGAGUUCACAGAGCAGGGCCGCAGCCGGAGCCUGCUGGAGGUGCCCCGCUCCAUCUCUGUGCCUCCGUCUCCUUCUGACAUCCCUCCUCCCGGGCCUCCGAGGCCCUUUCCACCCCGGCGGCCACAUACACCAGCAGAAAGGGUCACAGUGAAGCCACCCGAGCAGAGGAGGAGUGUGGACAUCUCUCUAGGGGGUUCUCCCAGGAAGGCACGGGGUCAUGCUGCCAAGAACUCCUCUCACGUGGACCGGCGUUCCAUGCCCUCCAUGGGCUACAUGACCCACACAGUGAGCGCUCCCAGCUUACAUGGAAAAUCGGCUGAUGACACCUACCUCCAGCUGAAGAAGGACCUGGAGUAUCUGGAUCUGAAGAUGACAGGCCGAGACCUUCUUAAAGAUCGAAGUCUGAAGCCCAUGAAGAUCGCCGAGAGUGACAUUGAUGUCAAGCUGAGCAUCUUCUGUGAACAAGACAGGAUACUUCAGGACUUGGAAGACAAGAUCCGAGCUCUCAAGGAGAAUAAAGACCAGCUAGAAUCUGUGCUGGAGGUGCUACACAGGCAGACAGAGCAGUACCGAGACCAGCCACAGCACCUGGAGAAGAUCACUUGCCAGCAGAGGCUCCUGCAGGAGGACCUCGUCCACAUCCGUGCGGAGCUCUGCAGAGAGUCCACGGAGAUGGAAAAUGCAUGGAACGAGUACCUGAAGUUGGAGAAGGAUGUGGAACAGCUGAAGCAGACCCUGCAGGAGCAGCACAGGAGAGCAUUUUUCUUCCAGGAGAAGUCACAGAUACAGAAGGAUUUGUGGAGGAUUGAAGAUGUCAUGGCAGGCCUGAGUGUGAAUAAAGAGAACUACAGAGUCCUGGUGGGAUCUGUCAAAAAUCCAGAAAGAAAAACGGUGCCUUUGUUCCCUCACCCAUCUGUGCCUUCACUCUCUCCAACUGAGAGCAAGCCAGCCCUGCAGCCCAGCCCUCCCACCAGCCCCGUGCGGACGCCUCUGGAGGUCCGACUCUUUCCGCAGCUGCAGACCUAUGUGCCAUACCGACCUCACCCACCCCAGCUGAGGAAAGUGAUGUCUCCUCUGCAGUCGCCAACCAAGGCAAAGCCUCAGGCGGAAGAUGAGGCGCCUCCCAGGCCACCACUUCCUGAACUCUACAGCCCAGAGGACCAGCCCCCAGCUGUGCCACCACUGCCGAGAGAAGCCACCAUCAUUCGGCACACAUCUGUGCGCGGACUGAAACGACAGUCGGAUGAGAGGAAGAGGGACCGGGAGCAGGGCCAGUGUGUGAAUGGGGACUUGAAGGUGGAACUCCGGUCCUAUGUGAGUGAGCCAGAGCUGGCCAGCCUCAGUGGGGAUGUUCCUCAGCCCUCCCUGGACCUCGUGGGCUCUGAGAACAGAUACCAGACGCUGCCAGGCAGAGAAGCGGGAAGGAGCAGUACCUCUCGCCCCAUCUCCUGUGUCUCACCUUCUCAGAGACCCAAGAGUGCCUUGGAGCGCCUGUACUCGGGGGACCACCAGCGGGGCAAGAUGAGUGCGGAGGAGCAGCUGGAGCGGAUGAAGCGGCACCAGAAGGCUCUGGUCCGAGAGCGCAAGAGGACCCUGAGCCAAGGAGAGAGGACGGGCCUGCUCUCGGCCCGAUACCUCAGCCAGCCACUGCCCGGAGAUCUCGGCUCAUGGAAGCGAGAACGAGAUUUUGACCUGCAGCUGCUGGAGCGGGCUGCGCAGGGGGACAGAAAAGACAAAGAGGAGGGCUGGCUGAAAGUGCACGCCACACCUGUCAUGGAGUUGGACCUGGAGCCACAAGACUAUGACUUGGACAUCAGCAGAGAGCUGUCGAAACCGGAGAAGGUCUCCAUCCCCGAGCGGUAUGUGGAACUAGACCCCGAGGACCCUCCCAGCCUGGAGGAGCUGCAGGCGCGGUACCAAAAGGCGGAGAAGAUACGGAACAUCCUUGCCCGGUCAAGCAUGUGCAACCUACAGCCACCGGGCCAGGACCGCAGCAGCCUGGCCGACCUGGACUCACAGCUGCAGGAGCAGGAACGGAUAAUCAACAUUUCCUAUGCCCUGGCCUCUGAGGCCUCGAAGCGCAGCAAGCAGGUAGCAGCCCAGGCAGUAACAGACCCAUGAUCCAGUGUGCAGAGGAGAAGCCUGGAGCCGGGGACCCAGCGAAACCAGUGUCUUCUUGGAGUAUGGUUCUCUCUGCCCCAGUGGAAACCCUUCCAGCAGAGCAGGGGCUCUGGCUGGAGGAGAGAGCAACCCACCAGCCGUGGUGGGUGCAGCAUGGAGCCAGGGCUCCAUUCUAACACACGCCCAUUCGUUUCAGUCCAGAUUCCCUUUUACAGAUAACAGAAGCACUUUUGAUACACAAUGUGAAAUAUACUGUAUUUUAGAAUCAGAAUAUAUUUUAUAAUGCUCACCUGGAGGACUGAAUGGCUGGUAAGGUGAACCUACAGGGUUUUGUAGCCACACAUAGGGAUUCAGGUACUAUGGGAGUGGUUGGCAGAGUGGGUGGGGAGAGGGGCAAGGCAAGCAGGGCCAUUUCCACCCCCCCCCAUGAACCCAGACAGCGCAGGGUUCGAGACUAUGCUUCCCAUGGAUUCUAGUAUGGAGCUCAUUGAGCUGUCUAGGAAAUGAGUCAGUUAGCGGCAGAGGUCCACAACCCUGAACUGAUGCCCAGCCCUGGAAACUCCACCUGGAUGGCCCCACGGAGCCCGUCUGUGCCUUGGCCCUUGGUCCUGACUGAGGAGCAACCAUGUGCUCAAAAGCCUUGGCUUCUUAGCUGUCGGUGAAGUGAAGUUCCUUCAGCAGACAAUUCUCAGAAGAAAGAAAAAAAAAAAGCCACUGUGAAGUGGAAAGUGGAGAUGUGUUAAAGCAAUAACUGGGCAUUGGGUGGCAUCUGCUGACAAAUGCCCAGCCUUGAGCCAUCCUUCCAGCCAGGCCAUACUCAAGGACCCCUGCUGCCUGCUGUGGGGAAACCCAGGCCAGUUUCCUCUGACUAGGUCUGGUGAGGCGGGCAGCCAGGGCUAGGACACAGGAUUGUGACUUAACUCCAGCCCAGCUGAGGUGGAGGUGGCCAUGCCAGACUCAGUGUUUUGUCCCUUUAUUUAACUUGUCUCAAGAUAUUCUACAUGCAGGAAGCAGUGAAAACCAUAAACACCUUCAUUGGGUGGAGCCGCAUUUUAAAAGAAAAUUUGUAUUUGACUAUGCCUAAAAGAAGAAAAAGAACCCUUGAAUGUAUUUAGAAGUUACUGUCUAUUUUUAACUAACUCCAUAUGCUGCCAGUAUCAACUUCAUGACAUUUGCCAAAAUAAGAUUUUAUUUUUUGCCUUUAUAAGAUUUUGUUGGAAAAAUGAAAUGAAUAUUUUGCAAGAAAAAGUUAAUUUAAAUAAAAGUGUAAUGGUUUGCAAAAAAAAAAAAAAAGUGAUGUAUAGAUUAAAAUAUUAACCUCAUCCAUGUC